AUGAUCCCCCGCGGGAAGAGGGACCCCGUGCCGCUGUCCCGCGCCGAGCCGCCCGACGGCCAGGGCCCCCGCGGCGGCCGGAGGACCACGUCGGAGGAGGACGAGGAGGAGGGGGAAGAGGGCCACCUCCUCGGCCUCCCCCGCGACGACCUCGCCAAGAGCAUGUCGGGCUCCUCCGUCUCCUCCUACCACUCGGCCCUGUGCUCCGAGGGGACCGAGACCUUCAAGGACUGCCUGGAAUUCCUGGACGAGGAGGGGACCCCCCCCCCCCCCGGCUCUGUGCCCCCGGCGCCCGGGCCCCGCGCCCGCCCGAAGCAGCCCCAGCUGUCCGCCGCGGCUAAGAAUAGCCAGGGCCAGCCCGGCAGGAUGGGCGCCGUCGGCGGGGAGCGGCAGCUCGGCGGCGCGGCCGCGGCCCGGCAGCCCGGGGGGAUGCUCGGCGCGGCUCCCAGCGACUCGGACGAGGCGGACGGGGAGGUGCGGGCGCUGACCGCCAGGGCUUUCCGCAGCCUCUCGGGUCUCCCCGGCGCCCGCCUCGACAUGUGCAGCUCGCACACCUCCUCCAGCCUUUCCAACUCGCAGUCGGAGGACGGCGGGCGGCCGCGGCGGCGGCCGGGGGGCGGCGGCGGCGAGCCCCGGGGCGCGGGGACGGCUCUGCACGGCAGGGUGGGCUGGCCCUUCCCCGCCGGCGCGGACGGGGAGCUGCUGGGCUUGCUGGGGAAGGAGCAGUUCGAGUGCGUGGACGUGGAGCUGGAGAGCGGGGAGGCCAGGAAGGGCCACUGCAAGAAGAGAACCGUCCCCAAGCGCCAGAUCCUGCUGAAGAGGAAGGAGAGGAAGGAGAUGGGUUUCGGCCCCUGGGGAGACGGCCCGGCUACCCAGCCCCUGCCCCCCGCCAGGAAGGAGCCCCCCAGCAAGGGCAGGGCCCUGGGCGAGGACUUCAGGCUCAAUUACAAGCAGUUCAUGAAGACAGCCUCCCUGGAUGCCGACGCCAGCAAGACCAGGGCGGCCUCCUGCCUGGUGAAAAACGUCCUCACCAAGAAAAUGCAGUAUGAGCAGCGGAUCAAGAUGGAGCAGAAGGGACUGCGGGGCAGCUCGACCUCCUCGGGGCCGUCCUCCGCCAGCACCGACCUGCUGGGGGACGGCCCCGAAGGCAAGUCCAGCUCGCUGUCGCGCUCCGACUGCAGCUUCUCGGCAGAGGACCUGCGGGGCGGCGGCGUGCCGGCGGCAGCGGUGGCCAGGGGCGAUGCCGCCACCAGCCAUCCCGCCAAGGGGGUGGUGCUGAGCGAGGCGACGAGGGAGAGCGUCUGCAAGCUGAAGAAGACCUUCAACGAACUCAACGAGAGGAUGAAGUACCAGGAGGUGCUGGAAGGGCAGCGGCUGCCCCGCGCCACCGAGCAGCCGUCGGCAGAGAGGAUCCAGUACCGCCGGGCACGUGCCUUGUUUGAAGCCCACUCCGGGGUAGGGAAGGUGCUGGACGUUGCCCCUAGAUUUGAGAGGGUGCCGAAGCCAUGGCCCAGCUUGAAGCAGCGAGCCAUCCUCCCCAGCUACCCCAAACCCCUCCCCGGCGAGGCGGCUGGGCCGGCGCUCCCCGCCACGCUGCCGGCACGGCUCUUCACCUCUCGGGCGCAGGAGGUGAGGCUGGUGCCGCAGAGCCAGCCCGAGGAGAAGCCGCCGGCGAUGCCCCGCGAGCCCCCGGCCCGGGAGGCGCCCCCAGCCAUCCCCCCCAAGCCGCAGGAGAAGGGGAAGGGGCUCAUCCCACAGCCCCGGGACGUGCGCAAACUGCUGAAGAGCAGCUACAGCCUCUGCUUCGGCACCGCCGGCACAUCCCGCGGCACCGCGGCACCGGCAAGCAGCGGGGAGCCACCGCCGGCUGCCCCGCUCGUCAUCCACUGCACCUCCGUGUGCCGCCAGGAGCCAGCGCCGGAGCCGGGGGCCGAGGGGGUGCCGGGAGCCACCAGCCAAGAGCCGGCACCGACAUGUGCCGACGGCUCUGCCAAGCUCGCUGGGAGUCGGCCCUCGCCCACGCGGGGCUCCCCCGUGCACAUCACCAAGGUCCAGGCCACGCGGAGGGCACCGGCUGUCGUGGAGGGGCUGCAGACGUCACCGCCACCGCGUCGGGAGCGCAGCGAGCUGAGGGUGCCACCGCGAGUGCCGGCGGCCGAGGGGGUGCCGCACGUGGAGACCCACCUGCAUGUGCUGGUGGGCCGGCGGUCCCCGGCGGCGGGCGGGGAGGGGGCCGCGGCUCAGAGCGGCCCGGUGCUGCGGGCAGAGAAGACCGUCCUUCUGCCGCCGCCGCCAAGCCCUGCCGAGGGAAGGGACGGCCGUGGCAGCGGUGCCGGGGAGGACCCCGGAGCCGGCCCCGCAGCCCGCAGCAGCACCCGCCCGCAGCCGGAGCCACCGGGCGUUGAGCAGGGGCGGCAGCGGCCCGGCAGCCACACGGUGUCAGCCGGCACCGGCAGCAAUGUGGGUGGCACGGAUCCCACCGCCGUGGUUCCAGACAGGGAGGGCAGCAAAGGUCCCCCCAUCUGGCUGCCGGAGCGGAGAGAGGGCUGGGAGCAGGUACCGAAGUGGCCAGCGGCCUCUGAGCCGUAUCUGCCGGCUGCCCCGGCGGAGAACUACAACUACUUGGCUAUUCCUGUGAAAGCUCCCAAAUCCUCUCCAGUGCCAAAGCUGCCUUCAGUCCCCAGCCCAGCCAGCGCAUCCUUUGGGACCCCCACGGUCCCCAACCCGUCCAGCGCAUCCUUUGGGACCCCCACGGUCCCCAACCCGUGUGGCACACCCUUUGGGACCCCGUCGGUCCCCAGCCCAGCCAGCGCAUCCUUUGGGACCCCCACGGUCCCCAACCCGUGUGGCACACCCUUUGGGACCCCGUCGGUCCCCAGCCCAGCCAGCACAUCCUUUGGGACCCCCACGGUCCCCAACAUGACCAACUCAUCUUUUACCUAUCCAUCAGCCUCCAGUCUGGCCAGCACAGCCUUUGGGACUCCCUUGGUCUCCAACCCCACUAAUAAGUCUUUUGGGACCCCCUUGAUCCCCUACCUUGGCAGUGCAUCCUUUGGGACUCCCUUGGUCCCUAGCUCAGCUAAUACAUCCUUUGGGACCCCUCAGGUCCCCAAUCCAUCCAAUGCAUCCUUUGGGACCCCCUUAGUCCCAGAUAGAUCCAGCUCAUCCUUUGGAACCUCCCAGAUCCCCAAUUCAUCCAGUGCAUCUUUUGGAGCCCCCUUAGUCCCAAAUCCAUCCAGCUCAUCCUUUGGAACCUCCCAGAUCCCCAAUUCAUCCAGCUCAUCCUUUGGAACCCCCCAGGUCCCCAAUCCAUCCAGCUCAUCCUUUGGAACCCCCCAGGUCCCCAAUCCAUCCAGUGUGUCCUUCGGGACCCCUUCAGCCCCUAAUCUGGCCAAUCCAUCACUCGGAGUCCCCUUGGUCCCCAACCCAGCCAACUCAUCCUUUGGGUCCCCCAUGGUCCCCAAUCCAGUUCCCACUUCCCUUGGGCAUGUGUCAGUCUCCAACGUCACCAGCUCAUCCCCUCUGGUCCCCAGCCUGGCCCUGGGGAGUGGUGUGUGUCCCCUGCCCGGUGGGGAAGCACCCUGGAGCAAACCUGGCCCCGAGCACGCCGUGCCCCGAGCUGCUGAGGGUCCGGUGCCGCUGCCCCCAGCCCAGCCCCAGCCUCCUCCCGAGGACGCUGCCCAGGUGCCGAGGAGGACGGACGGUGCCGUGCCGGGCAGUAAGAGCGCAGCGAGCCCCACGGCGGGGCUGGCCCCCCACCCCCGGCCCCCCGCUCACCGGAGGAUGCUCGUUGACCCCGACAGCGGGAAGUGCUACUACAUGGAGCCACCGCGGCAGCCGCAGCUGAAGACACUGUACGACCCCGAGACCGGGCAGUACCUGGAGGUGCUCAUCCCGCCGGUGGCAUCUCACACCGGGCUCUACCAGGCUCCUUUCAACCCCCUGCUGUAUGCCCCCCCCUACGUGCCCUACGGCAGCUUCCCGGGGCUCCCGGCACCGCCGCCGCCUGCCGCCCCCUCGCCGGUGGCCCCUGACCCACCGGCUGCCGAGAACCCCGGCUUCUCCGGGGCCUUCAGCUCGGCUCCCAAGGCUGAGGGGCUGCCCGCUGCCGGGCCUCCGGACUGUGGCUACCUGGAGAGCCCCUACUACAUCCCCACGGGGAUGCGGGCCAGCCCCGGGCCCAGCCAGCCCCCCGCCAGCCCCGAGGAUGGACCCCUGCCCCACAUGUGA